CCGCGAUGCCCAAAGGUAUAUAUUCCUUCUCCUUCAAAUGCUUUGCGAGAACAGGAUCUUUCCUACAUUUCCCUGACCACCAAAGGAAGCUGCAAAGUCAAAAUCACACGCCAUGCAUUUCCUUACCUCCCUUCUGGGGGCCCUGACCCUGCUGGCUCCUACAGCCCUUGCCCAGGAUGAUUCAAGCUCUACUUUGAGCUCUAGCUCUAUCCCAUCCUCCACUCCUAGUUCUACUUCCACUCCCACCGCCACUUCGAGUGAAACCCCUUCGUCCUCUGCGUCCCUUUCCGAUGCUGCAUCAUCCCAUGGGGCGGGUCGCUGGGGAGCAGUGAUUGCCAGGCAACUCUCCACCAGCGCCCGCGGAGGUAGAACUGCCUUCGUCCCAGUCGAUGACGAAUUUCCAACACGCCGUGUCCGUCAGACAGAAGACGAGACACAGCAGUACCUGUACCAAGUCUCCGAUCAGCUCCUCACUGCCGCCGACCUUCGCAACUCCACUGGAAGCGUCAUCGAGAGUCUGAGUACCAAUGCCAAUCUGGGUGGCCGUGGACAAGCUGUCAUUUCGCAGGGACAGCGCGGUGAUUCCUAUGACGCGGAUUCGUCUAUUGGCCUUUUCAGUGGUCUGGGGAAUAAUGUCACCAUCGUGGAGCAAGAUAUCCCCUUUAACGGCGGGAUUAUACAUAUCAUCAGCGGUCCUUUCACUCCACCGAGCCCCCUGUCUGACACCCUGCGCGCGUCACCCCGGGCGAGCAACUUCUCGUCGCACAUUUCUUCGCAAGUAUCUUCGCUCGGCUCCACCUCCUCUAUUACCCUAUUCGUACCCACCAACGAUGCCCUGUCGGCGUCUCUAGGCUCUAACGUCACGGUUUCUGAAUCCGAGGCUACGGCCCUGGCGGACUCACACGUUAUCAGCGGAUCGGUGGCCUACUCGCCCCGUCUGGUCGAUGGCGCGAGCUUCCAGACUGCCAAUGGGCGGGAUAUUACGGUCACUGUCGAUGAGAGUGGGGAAGUCGUCCUGAAUAACGACAUUAGAUUAGUCCAAUCAGACAUUAUAAUCGAGAACGGCGUGGUUCAUUUGAUUAACAAGCCACUUUACACCCCCGAUGAUGGCACUGUCUUCACGGGAGCUGCCGAAUCCGCUUUCCGGUCAUCUCGAAUGAUGAUGAUGGUUGGUGCUUUUGCUGCAAUUGUGGGUGGUACAGCAUAUUUCUAGCCACCCAGCUGACGUGAUACGGACGGGAGAGGAUGUGAAUGGUUCAUCGGUAAUGGUAAUGCAGUAGGGAGUCUCGGGUUAUUUAGCGUACUCAUAAUAGUGGGAUUU